AACAAUAAACACACAAAACUUCCAUGCGUUGCCGUAAGCCAACGAGCUACCACGACAAUGGAGUGUUCAGUAUGAAAACGACUUUCGUGCGCAGACGACGUAUAAAGCGGAAUAUAGCGGAGCCCUAAGAAAACGUAACGUAAAAACGUAACUCACAAUAAACGGCGAAAAAAUAAAAUCACAACAAUCGAAGAAAGCGGACGGAUAUGUUAUGAAUUAAAAGAAAAAUAAAACAAAGUGAUGAUUUAAUGAAAAUCAAGAAAAUUACCAUGCAAUUUAUGGAAAAAGAAAGAAAAACCGAAAAUUUUUAUAACAGAAAAGUGAAUAACUAAGUGAAAAAUAAAGAAAAAGUUUGAGUUUGAAACUCCAUACAAAUAGAGCAACAAAAGAAAUAAAACAAAACAAAUAUAUGCCGGUUUUACGUAUUUGCAAAAGUGUAGAUUUUAUGCCUUUUUGGUGACUAGAAACGAAGAUUUACGUUUUGGUUUUCAAUAACAGCAGCGUUCAGUUAGCAGUGCACAAAAAGAUUCACUCAAGUGUAAAUUACAGCAACAAAAAUUUACAACAAAAAUAAAUACAACUGUGAAAUUGGAUCCUAUAAGAAUUUAUAGUGUCCACAUACAUAUACACACACAAACAAACAAAAGUUUGCAAUACCUACAUAGUACUUGGCGAACAGCGUGCAUUGUUGUUGUUAAUCCACUAGUGAGUGUUUUUUUCUAGUUGGGAGGAGAUACUCGUCGUUGCUGUGUGUUUUUUUUUUUGUUUUUGGAGGGAGGGCAGCUUUGGCUGAGUGAGCACUGUUUUGUUUUUUUGCUAAUCUUGCAAAUAUGUCACACAACAAAAAAGAUGUAAUAAUGACGUCGUCGUUGUCGUCGUCCAUGCACACAAAACUGGAACAGCAACAUUCGAAACCCAUCUUGAGCCCCACUCGAUCGCUCGACGAAGGUUUUGAAAGUGAUCCGGAUCGGGUUUCGACGGAUUCAGAGCAUCCAACAAGUGGAACGACGACAACGCCAAACAAUAGCAGCAAUAACAAUGGCAGCUCAUCCAAUACCAGCAGUUCCAAUAACAACAAUGCCACCAGCAACACCAGCAGCAAAAAUAUUGGCAACCCAACAAUAGCCGCAAAUGCAAAUGGCAACAAACAACAAUACAACCAACAACAACAGCCACACUCUCAAUUACAUCAAAAUGUUGGUUCUACUUUGGCACAAUUGUCAUCAGCCGCAACGGGCGGCUUGUCAGCCAAUGCUGAUUUGUCAACAACAGCGGCAGCAUCAUCAUCUGCCUCAGCAUCGGCACCAUCCUCUUCCAUAACGCAGGCGACGGCUUUGGGUCAUGUCUUGUCGUCUGGCAAAUCGAUGGAUUUAUCCAAAAAUCGGGUCAUGGGUGCCAUGGGAGUGCCUCAGCUAAUCAGACGCACCAACAUUGCUGGUUCGGCCAUACAGCAACAGCAACAAUUGCUGGAGAAAUAUUUCAAGGAUCGUCGAGGUUCCAGCGAGGCAAAUAAAUUUUCAGCACAACCUGCUCUAAGAACCUCAUCAUCAUCAUCAUCCUCCUCCAUGAAUCCAGCAGCAACUGCAGCAUCCUCCCUACAUCACUCCUCGCUGGGGGGUCUAAUGCAGAACAGCAACAACCACAGCAACAACAAUUCCACUUCAAUGGGUUCACCACAGACGGUGCAACGUUUGCAAUACCAAAAGCAACGACAGCCAGUGGUGGCUUCAGCAGCUGUUAAUAAUCAUCGUUACACUUCGGCGGUGGCCGUGGCGGCAGCUGUAGGCGGAAAUGCCAGCAGCAGCAGCAGUGGCUUUCGCCGUGCCAAAACUAGGGCCAUGUCACCCUCAGUGCUAAAGACAGCCAUGAGUAACAGCAACAGCAAUGGCAGCCACAACUUGAACAAUAACUCCCGCAAUCGUUUGCUAAUGCCACGCGGUUCAGCCAUACGUUCCCAUUCAGUGGAUGCCAUUUCACGUCAACAUCAACAACGUCAUCAUGGGGGUGUCAUUGGUGGCUAUGACCCCAGCAAUGCCUUAAUCCUCAAGCAUGAGGGUCCCGGCAGUACCAGCACUGCCACACGCAUGCAACAUUACAAAUUUCCCGCAGCAGUAGCCGGGGCUUCGAAUUCCCCAACAAGUACACUGCCACCGGGUGCCACCAGCCAGGCGCUGCUGGUGCAGCCCAUCUCCAGUGCCACUUUGGCUGCAAAUGCGGUGGCCUUACCGCCCGCCACCACCGUUCUGAAUUCGGCCAAUGUUGGUGAUGCCGCUGCUGCCCUGGUGGCAGCAGCUGGUGGAUCACCGGUUAUAGCCUCAGCCACCAACAGUUUGUAUACAUUUUAUCCAGCCGAGGGUAAUCUACAAGUAUGGCAAUCCGAAUGUGGCGAUUUGACAUAUAAGUCAUCGCGUAAUCUACAAACGCAUAAGGCACCAGUUUGUUGGACUCAGUCUAUACCAAGGCAAACAAGACGCUAUAUUACUCCAGCAAAUGCACCACAAAGCAAUGUCAGCAAUACUAGUCUGCUAUAUCCUAAUGCGGGAGGACAAGUCUAUCGCCUUCAUCCCAAUGCCAAUGUGAGCACAUUGCCAAAUGGUCAGCAAACGUCCGAUGUGACUGAUGGCGCCGAAACAGGAGCCCCUACCACAAAUGGCUUCUCACAAAGGCUGCGUGAAUUGGCGGCCUCAGCGGGUCUUAUGUCACUGAAACCCAGAACUACCUUGAAACCGGUUAUUAAGACCCGUGGCUCACCGGGACCAGAAUUUCCCAAGAAAGUGACAUUCAGUGCCUUUGCAACGGUGCAGGUGGUGUGAUAAAGAAGAUGCCACAAAGACCAUCCAAAAAUCAGGGGAAGGUUCACAAAACAAGACAAGUCGAAGAGGAAGAAGAAGGAGAAGAAGAAAACCACAAGCGCGAGAUGAGCACUAAAUUAGCACUUUUCGGCAACGUAUGUGAAAAAAAGAGUUGGACUUAAAAGGUUAUUUUUUUUUCUAGGUACUGUAAGCGCUGGAUCCAAUGAUUGCAAAUUUUUGUUUAUUACACGCAUGCUGUUCCAGCUCCAGCUUUUUUUGUUGCUAUGUUUGUAGUUUAUUUAAUUAUAUAAAAUAAUAAUUUUUAUAUAUAACAGAACCAUCUAUAUAAAUGUUAAUUUGUAACUUUAUAUGAGGCGGAUAUAUGUAGUAUGUGUAAAACUAUAGAUUGAAUUAUUAUUUGUUAACUUUUGUUAAUCAAAAAAAAUUAUAAAAGAUCACCCUGUAGGUAUCGUAUGUAAAAAUUGUUGAUGCUCUUUAGGGAUUAUCUAGAUAGAACGAAAGAUAGAAGAUGUGAUUUAAAGUUAUAAAACAAAAAAUAGAAAAAAAACUACUCCAGAUAGAGGCCCAGUUUCAAAGAGUUCACACGUUUUUUUUAAUAAAACAACAUUUUUCCUAAGCUAAACCUUAUAAAUUAACACCGGUAUUCACAAAAUUUAUUGUAGAUUUGGAAUGGGUUUAUUUGUUGACAAAUUUUCUUCAUAGAACUGUCAAAUAAACCUAGUUUAAGGCUUCAUUAAGUUUUUUGAAUAUAGGCCAAAAUCUUUAAGGAUGCUUUAUCAUAAACCGUUUCAAAGGUGGUAUAUAAGGUUGAAGUAAAUUAAUAGUUGUCUGAAUUUAUGUCACAAAUAUGAAAAAUGAGAUUCUAGAAAAACAUUCGAUUAAAAUCAAAAAUGUUUUGCAUCUGCCAUAAACAAUUGAAACUAAAUUUAAAAACAUAUUUCAAAAUUAUUCCAUUAAGUGUAGAUGUGUAGUGUAAAUGUCAACUAUUUUAUAUAAUAUUUCAUCAAAUGAACAAGUUUUAUUCAUCACAUUAAUGGCCAUUUUUGUUUUUACCUCCACAUGAAGCAAAAUUAAGUGUUAUCGAUUUUUAUCGAAAGUUAUCGAUUUUUAUCGAAAGUUAUCGAUUUUUAUCGAAAGUUAUCGAUUUUAUCGAAUGGUAUCGAUUUUUUAUCGAAUGUUAUAAAUUUUUUUAUCAAUAUCUAUCGAAUAGUAGAUUAUUUAGAAAUAAUCGGUUUUUCGUUAAAUGUUAUGGUUUUUAUCGAUACGUUCGAUUUCUAAAUCUUGUCGAAAAUUAUCCAAUUCGAUAAAACUCAAUUCAAAGUCACUUAUCUAGCCCCAAUUAAAAGAAUUUGUAUCUCGGCAUUUCCUUUCAAUGAAGAUUUUAUAUACGUCACAAUGAUUCGAUUUUUAUCGAAUGUUAUCGAUGUUUA